AUGUUUUAUGCAAUUUCUCUUUUGGCCUCUGAUCUUGUAUCCAAUGAUAAUAUUUUAGAAAUAAUCAACUUUAAUUCAAAUGUAACUGCAUUAGAUGAUAAUAUUACUUAUGAAAAUCCUGAUGAGGAAAUAGAUGAUGUAACUACUGGGGCUCAACGAAUUAAGAUUAAUACAUACCAAAAUU